AAGCAUGGACGGCCAGGGUGAGAGGAUAUACACCCGCAACGUGGGACCCACAAAAUGACCGUCUGCUCAAGAUCGAUAAAAGCACAAGGCGUUUGUUCUGAAACAAUAGGAGCCGCGAGAUCUAUAUCAGACGGUUGUAAAUUAGCGCCUACAUAUGUCAUCUGGAAUCUAUGAGACAUGCUCCCCCCUCUCUCUCUCUCUGUAAUCUCACCUGUGCUGAGAUGAAACCCUAGAUAUUCCAAAACGAAGUCGUUUCGAACCCCUCCGUUUCACGUCGAUCAAAAACGCAGACCUGUUGAUUGAAGAACACUUAAAAGUCUCGGCUUUACCUCUGCGAAAGACAAAUUUUCGAUAACCGUUCGAAGAUCUAUUAUUUUCCAUUUGAUCACAGAUUGCAAGCAAUAUUGCUUAAAUGAAGAAAAUACCUUCUACAUAACUGGUCCGCAGAGUAACAAUCAAUAUUGGUCUUAUAAAGUGUUCAGUAUGGAUGUUGAAGUGAUUGAUGUGGAAGAGAGGAACUUGGGGCACCAUGCCAUUGCUGAUGAUGAAGAUGUUGAACCCAACGAUAGUGGAGAAGUGAACACUGCUGGAAACUCUACCGGUCAUGAUGAUGAUGGGGAUUCUGAUCCGCAUGUGGGUAUGGAAUUCGAUUCAGAAGAUGCUGCCAAGACUUUCUAUGAUGAGUAUGCCAGGCGUGUGGGUUUUAGCGUCCGUGUUGGUCAUUGUAAUCGAUUCAAGUCUGAUGGGACAGUCACUGCUAGUGAGUUUUUAUGCGCCAGGGAUGGCUUAAAAAGGAGGGGUGGUGAUAGCUGUGAUGCAAUGCUUAGAAUAGAGUGUAAGGGUCAAGACAAAUGGGUUGUGACAAAGUUUGUGAAGGACCAUAGUCACUCCACAGUGACACCUAGUAAGGUGCAUUACCUGCGACCCCGUAGGCAUUUUGCCGGAGCUGCAAAGAAUAUGGGAAUUGAUGAAGGUGUGGGAAUUGUUCCUAGUGGUGUUAUGUAUGUAUCAAUGGAUGGAAACCGUGCUGCUGCAGAUACAAAUCGUGGAGCUAGGAAUGUUCCUCCUGCAGAAUCAAAUCAUGCAGUUAAGAACACUGGCUCUGUGAGUUAUGCUGCCAGACCUGGUAAUCGGAAAAGGACGUUAGGGAGGGAUGCUCAGAAUUUGUUGGAUUAUUUCAAGAAAAUGCAGGCUGAGAACCCUGGUUUCUACUAUGCCAUACAGCUUGAUGAAGGUAAUCGCAUGGCUAAUGUAUUUUGGGCAGAUGCAAGGUCUAGAACUGCCUACACUCAUUUUGGGGAUGCUGUUACAUUGGACACAAUGUACAGAGUAAAUCAGUGUAGAGUCCCAUUUGCUCCAUUCACAGGAGUGAACCAUCAUGGUCAGACGGUUUUGUUUGGUUGUGCAUUACUUCUAGAUGAAUCUGAGGCUACAUUUAUAUGGCUGUUCAGGACAUUUCUUGCUGCAAUGAAUGAUCGUGCCCCUGUUUCUAUAAUAACAGAUCAGGACAAAGCCAUACAGUCAGCAGUUGCUCAGGUGUUUCCAGAAGUCCGCCAUUGUAUUAGCAAGUGGCAUGUACUAAGAGAAGGCCAGGAAAGGUUGGCUCAUGUAUGUCAUGCACAUCCUAAUUUUCAAGGGGAGCUGUAUAAUUGUAUCAACUUGACUGAGACAAUCGAGGAAUUUGAAUCGUCUUGGGAUUUUAUACUUGAUAAAUACGACCUCAGGAGGAACGAUUGGCUUCAGUCAAUUUAUAAUUCACGCACACAAUGGGUCCCAGUGUAUUCUCGGGAUUCAUUUUUUGCUGCAAUUUCUCCAAGCCAAGGAUUUCAAAGCUCCUUUUUUGAUGGUUAUGUGAAUCAACAGACUACCUUACCAAUGUUCUUUAGGCAGUAUGAAAGAGCUUUAGAGAAUUCAUUUGAAAAGGAAAUAGAAGCAGAUUAUGAUUCAAUAUGCACCACACCAGUACUGAGUACGCCGUCACCCAUGGAGAAACAGGCAGCAAAUCUAUACACAAGGAAAAUAUUUGCAAAAUUUCAAGAAGAGUUAGUUGAGACCUUUGCGUAUACCGCUAGUAGGAUUGAAGAUGAUGGGGCUAUUAGCACAUUCAGAGUUGCAAAAUUUGAGGAUGAACACAAAGCUUACAUUGUCUCAUUGAAUAGUCCGGAGAUGAGAGCAAAUUGUAGCUGCCAGAUGUUUGAGUAUUCAGGCAUCCUCUGUAGACACAUUCUGACAGUUUUUACUGUGACAAAUGUUCUUACUCUGCCUUCCCAUUACAUCUUGAAGCGGUGGACAAGAAAUGCCAAAAGUGGGGUUGGAUCAGAUGAACGUGGUGAACUACAUUGCCAAGAGUCGCUGGCAUUGCGGUACAACAAUCUAUGCCGUGAAGCCAUCAAAUAUGCAGAGGAAGGGUCAAUAGCUCCAGAGACCUAUAAUGUGGCGAUGGCUGCCCUUAAAGAAGGAGGAAAGAAGGUGGCUGCUAUUAAGAAAAAUGUUGCGAAAGUUGCACCUCCUAGUUCACAGGUCAGUGCGGUUGGCUAUGAAGACAGGAGGACAUCUACUUCAUCUCCAGAUAUGACCCCAUUAUUAUGGCCAAGACAAGAUGAAAUGACACGGCGUUUUAAUCUGAAUGACACUGGUAUUCCUGCUCAACAUGUUGCCGAUUUAAAUCUGCCACGAAUGGCUCCUGUGUCUCUGCACCGUGAUGAUGGUCAUCCUGAUAACAUGGUGGUUCUUCCUUGUCUCAAGUCGAUGACUUGGGUGAUGGAGAACAAGAAUUCAGCACCUGCAAAUAGAGUAGCAGUAAUCAACCUGAAGUUGCAAGAUUAUAGCAGGACAGCUUCAGGAGAAUCAGAAGUUAAGUUUCAGCUGUCAAGGGUCACACUAGAGCCCAUGUUGAGAUCUAUGGCCUACAUCAGUGAUCAGCUCUCUACCCCGGCUAAUAGGGUUGCUGUCAUCAAUCUAAAGCUGCAAGAUACUGAGACAACUUCAGGAGAAUCUGAGGUGAAGUUUCAGGUCUCCAGGGAUACAUUAGGUGCCAUGCUGAGAUCAAUGGCCUAUAUCCGAGAGCAGCUCUCAAAUGCAGCUGACUCCCAAUCAGAGACACCAUCGAAAAAGCAACGGAAAUAGAGGCAGUACCCUAUGUUUAAUAACCAGGUUUGUGAUAAUUUCACCUUCGUGGAUGGUAUUUGGUUAUGCUAACUAAAUAUUCAGCCACCUCUCCUAGUGAGUUGGGGGUCGGGAUGCUCCAACUGGUUUUGUCUUGUAAGUUGGGUACCAAACCUUGCGCUUCUGCAUAUUUGUACAUGUAACUUAUCAAAGCCAAGAAUCCCUAGGCAUCGAAAAAUUCUAUUCUCGUUUCUUGUAGCAGUGGGGAUGUGUGAUGCCUCACCAAAAGAAGAGACUGUUUUGUAUGCAUUUUUAUAGUUUUUCUUUAUAGGAAAUGGUAAAGCUUUUGAUCUAUUUAAGCGACCUCCACACCAAUGGGACACACGUAAAUUCCUGUCACGGACAAGCUGCUGUGUGUUUGUUUUAUUAUCUUUGGCCAUCAGGACAUGCGUUGAUGCACACCGAUGGGGAUUGGUAUUGGCAUGUGGAAGUGAACUAGUCCAUUGCUUUUGCUGACAUUCAAGAUGUGUAUAUCAAUUUCCCAUUUCAGCUGUAUUUAGUGGAUUGUUGUAUAUGUAUAGAACCGGUUUUGGUUGUCACUCUAGCAAUUACAUUGUCUUGUAAUUUCUCGAUUCUUAAGGGUAAUUUUGUCAAUUUUGCAAUCAA